GCUUCAUCAAAGCAUGAACAGAAAUAUCCAGAACCGGGCAAUCAGAGUGCCGGAACAGGCCGCCAUCCAUGGAUGAACCCGAAACAUCAAUCAAUAUCACGCGGUAGUCCGUGCUAAUCACAGGCACCAAAGACAAACGAUAUACACAGCCCCCAGCCUUGUGCCCUGCCACAAAUAGAACCGAAUCAUGGAGGUGGCUUGUGCUGCAUGGGGUCAAGGUUCUAUUUCAGGAUCCGAACACCUGCUUAUUUCACGCCUUUUGAUUUCCCUUCGAUGCAUCUAUCUAUUUACUUCAUUACAUCGCCCUUGAUUCCCAAAGUUCCUGCACGAGGACGCCUAGUAAUUUCCACCUACUUUGGAUAGGGCUUCGCCCCCACACCCCGCGAUAAUCUGACCUCGUGUGAUAAGCCACCGCCGUCGCAAACAAUCCAUCUAUUAAUCGAUACAUACGAAAAAAAAAAAGCCGUCAUGCCGUUGCGCGACAUCCUCCAGAAAAAGGAGAGGCUCGGAGUUCCCGACAGUGGACAGUAUGCGAGAGGCAUCCCAACAGCGUCGGUGAACCCCGUCCCCGACAUCACCUUCAUCCGAUCGGAUACGACGACGCAUGAAGUCAUCAUGUCGCCUACCGUCGCUCAUCAUGCGGAACCCCCGUCGUCGCCUCGACGGUCUUUCAACCCGUUCCAUCGCUCGUCGCCGCCGCACGAACCCCUGUCUCCGGAGACGCCCUCGACUAGUCGUCCGCGACGACUAUCGCAGCUGCUGCGCCUGGACCGGCCCAGUUCGCUCAAUCGCGCUCCCUCAGUGCAUAUACCGUCUGAUCUGCCUCAGAUCUCCUCGGAUGCAGGGUCUGAACAGGACAGGGAGGCGCUAUGGGAGAAGCGGGCGACAAUGUUAGCGCAGGGCAAUCCGCAGCUUGGGUUAUCGCCGGGCUCGUCGCGAUCGAGAAGUUCCAGUCAUAGUGGUGUUGAUGCGGAAGGGGAUGUCAAUAUCCAAGAGGCGAUUCGUCUUCACGAGGCUGGCGAGUUAGAAAAGUCGACAGAGAUGUUUCGGAAGCUAGCAGAUCCGUACGGUGCUAACAAUUCGCUGAGUCAAGUGCUUUACGGACUCGCAUUGAGACACGGCUGGGGCUGUCCCGAGGACCCAGAACGCGCCAUCACCUACCUCUCCGCAGCUGCAACCAACUCGGCGACAGUCGAGUCUCAAGCCCUGCAAGCAGGCAUGAAAAAAGGCGGGAUUGCCAAAGGCGAGCUGGUGCUCGCGAUCUUCGAACUGGGCAACUGCUUCCGCAACGGCUGGGGCGUGCAAAAGGACCCCAUGGCAGCGCGGCAGUACUUCGAGACGGCGGCGAAUCUGGGAGACACGGACGCCAUGAACGAGGUCGCCUGGUGCUACCUGGAAGGAUUUGGGGGGAAGAAGGAUAAGUUCGCAGCAGCCAAAUACUACCGAUUGGCCGAGCAAAAAGGGAGCAAAUCAGUGGGAAAUUCAUGGAUCUGGAAAGAAAAGUACAAUCCGAAACAGUAGGCUAGGCCUUGCAAAACCUCCCACGGCGGGGAGCAGUCAGCAGCCAGCCAGUCGAGAGCCUCGCACUCACAGCCUUGUCUCGGUGGAUGGUGGAGCUGAAACUUCCGCAAG